AUGGAGAAACUCAACUCGGAGGAUGGUCAACUUUUCAUAAAGAAUCUCGCCAGCUUCGUGCGAACUCAUGAAAAGGCCUUGGCCAACGCCCUACAGCUGAGACGCCAGUCCGUCCCCUCCAACAACUAUGCACCAUCUACCUCAUCUACCCUGGCCGCCGCCCUUUCCUUUGGCGCCUUGAAGUUCACCUCGCAGAAUGUGAAACCAGCCAAGCUGACUCUCACCCCACACCACCUCUUUUACCUCCUCUCCCAGUUCGAGGAUCUGUCCAUCGCGGUAGGCUCCAUGAAUGUUCGCCUAGAGAACAUCCAUAAUGACUCUUCCUCCUCGUAUGUGUCAUUCCUGAACCAGCCGCGUCGUUCCCGCGGUGAUCGCGACUCUAUCCACUCCGUAUCCAGUGUUCGUAGUGUCAUGUCGGGUAUGAGUGCUGUCUGGUCUUCCUUUGGACUCGGAUCGAAAGAUUCUGCCACCAAAUCUGAAAAGGCAAAGGCUGCUUUGGAAACCGACCUUAAGUACCUGUAUUCUGCAUUCACUAAGAUUCCCUGUUUGCGUCUCGCUCCGGACCGUCGAGCACGUCUCAUUCGCGGCUACGAGGAAUUUCCCCUGGAUACGGCAGUCCCGCUACACGCCUUCAAGAAUCUGAGUGCUCUGGAAAUCAUUGACAUCGACUUCCGCUCCUUCUAUGGUUGGGAUAGGCUGUCUGAGCAACUGCGGACAUUGACCUUGAAACGAGCAAACAUCAACGACCCUGCUGACUUGGUGACCAAGAUCGUUUUGGACGACGUUGACAAACGUCGACGCCGCUCGUCUAAGUCUCAUCCUUCCCCCAUCCCUGGCGGCAGCAUAACACCACAACCGGUUUACAAAUAUGAUUACGCUAGUAACACUAGUAACGAUCAUAAACCCGUCUCGGCUCCGGGAUCUCCUAGCGUUAGCAGCAACCUGGCGACCAGUACGAGCCCCAAGUCUGUGCCUAUGCUUCGCGCAGGGUCUGAAGGCGAACGGGGACAUCGUCGAACCGGCAGUUACUCUCCUACACGACCACAGACCGCGUCGCGACAGCAUACUCAAAGCCGCCACUCUCGGGGACAUUCGGUCAACAAAGUGGCACGGUCUAGCUCGGGCAGCUCAAAUUCCAGUGAGGUUUCUCUCCAUGGAAACCGUAGCUCUUCAAACCUCUUAACUGGAGUCUUGCCUCCGAGCAAAUGGCGUUUCCUGCGUCAUCUCGGACUGGCUGACAAUUCUUUGACAACCUUGUCAUCGGACUGUUUCUUGCCAGUUGCCAACACAUUGCACUCACUUGACUUGUCCUCGAAUCUGUUCGCGGAAAUCCCCGACAGCUUACCCUCGUUGGUCGCACUACGAGCCCUGAACCUCUCCAACUGUAUGAUCAACUCACUGCGAUCGAUAUCAAAGAACCCGCUGCCUGCCAUUACCGCUCUCAACCUUCGCGGAAACCGAUUGUCGUCGUUAGCUGGAAUUGAGCGACUUCUUUCUCUGGAGCGUCUUGACCUCCGAGACAACAAUUUGACGGACCCUACUGAAAUUGCCCGACUGACCGGCCUCCCUGAAAUACGAGAGAUCUGGGUCUCGGGCAAUCCAUUUACCAAAACCCAUUCGAAUUACCGGGUCACAAUAUUCAACCUCUUCCGUCGCACUCCUGGAUUUACCGAAGACAUCUUAAUUGAUGCAUCAGGCCCAGGAUACACUGAACGAAAGCAGUUGGUAGACCGCGCUGCUGAGCCGGAGGCUGCACCGGUUGUCCGACCGGUCGACCCCGAACCUGCGAGAACAGUGAGCAAGGUACCAGCGCCAGUCCGUCAGGAAUUGUUGUCCCAAGAUACUGCGACGGCGGCGGCGGCGGCGGCAGCAGCAGCAGCAUCAUCAACAACAACAACAACAACAGAGACAACAGGGAAUACACAGCACAAAAGAGGCAACCGUCGACGUAUUGUCGACUUGUCUCGAGAAGAAUCCGUAACGCAAGUUUUCACUUCUCCUUCUUCUCAGGACAAACCCUUACCUCCUGAUCCUCCAGUUCUGGUUGAUCCAUUCACCGCAAGCGGGACGAGACCGGAGAAUGCAACACCUGCUGAUGUUGAACCGGUAAAAAAGCCAGUCACUCAGUCUGUGUCUCAAGACCAGAAAGUUGUACCGGCUAAGCAGGAUAGUAGUAUAGAUUGGAACACCAAUUUCAGUCUGGGCGGCGAGACCAACAUCUUCCGGCCGAGACUAGAAGCUGUCCCUAACAACAAUAACAACAACAGUGGCUGGCUUAGCGUGCUCCAUGAGGGGAACUGGCAGACGCAACCUUCCAGACCGCAGGCGAAUAUGUCGGCUGUUCCACGGACCGGAACGGUGUUUGACGCAUCUCUGAUUCGACCGGAUACUGUCAGUCGUCCUGAGAGUCACUUGCUCGUCAGUGGGCGGACAGUAGGAUGAUUUCCAAACUUUCCUACAUACAACAUUGCCGAGGCGUCGGUUAUUACAUAUACCCAUGAAUUCUCAAAGAAUCCUUAUACCCUUGUCUUUGGACUAUUGACUGUAUAAUUUGCAUAUGCAUUUCCGGAGUUGUUGUUUGUCUUUUUUUUUUUUUUUUGCUUCGUUUUCUGGGAGGGCAUGUUUUGAUGAUUUAGUUUGUUGUCCAUCUUUCCGUCUUGUUCACAAAAAAUAGUUGUUUGCCUUGUUACUAUUUUUCGAUUCAAUUGUUUUAGACCGUGCGUGUUGUUCCUUUUUGAUAGCUCGUUCUUGUCUCCUCUCAUCGAUGGAUGGUAUUAUCAGGAUGUUCGGUUGGGCUAUCUGAUUCUGCGUUACUGCCUGCUUGCUAUACAGAGAAUUGCUUUGUAUAUUUAGAUAUGAUAGCUAUGAAUGAUGGAUUCUGAUA